CCGGAUGGUAAACUUGUGGCAAUCGUCGGCAUGGGGUGUCGUUGGCCCAGCGGCGUGGACUCGCCAAAACAGAUGUGGUCCUUCCUACGGGAUCAGCGCUCUGGUCUCCGCUCCUUCGACUCCGUGACGCGAUGUUUCUCCGCCGCAGGGUUCCACCACCCGAACCCGGGGCGGCCCGGCACAACGGCCGCGGAAGGUGCGUUCCUUGUAGACGGCGAUCCACGGCUGUUCGACCACGCUUUCUUCGGCAUCACAGGGCACGAGGCCGAGACCAUGGACCCGUCACAACGUAAGUUACUUGAAGUUGUGUACGAGGCGUUUGAGAAUGUUGGCGAGACACGGGAAUCCAUCGCCGGAUCAAGUACGGGAGUUGUCGCCGCGAACUUCUCACUCGAUCACUGGAUGAUUCAAGCGCGCGAUUGGGAUUAUGCGAGACCAUAGGUAUUCAGCAGCAGGGGCAAGUGUGAGCAUGCUGGCGAAUCGAAUCAGCCACGUAUUCGAUUUACGAGGUCCGAGUGUUGCUGUUGAAACGGCCUGCUCUUCGUCUAUGUAUGCCGUGCAUUUAGCAGUCAGCGCGAUCCGCAACGGAGACUGUGACUCGGCUCUUGUAGCAGCGUCGAACUGGAUUGCCGAUCCUGGCCUGCAAAUCGCGCUCGACAAAUUCGGUGCUCUCUCACCUACCUCAAGGUGUCAUACCUUCGACGUAUCUGCCGACGGAUAUGCGCGCGGCGAAGGGUUCGCCGCGCUGUAUCUUAAACGACUGCCGGGGGUAGUUACUGAUGGGUCGCCUAUCCGCGCUGUGAUUAGGGGUACCGCUGUUAACGCAAAUGGUCGCACCGCUGGUAUAUCGCGCCCCAGUGCUGCCGGGCAGGAGGCUAUUAUCCGUAAAGCAUACGACAACGCCCGGCUCCCGUUUUCGGAUACGACGUAUCUCGAGUGCCACGGCACGGGCACCCCGGCAGGUGAUCUGAUUGAGUUAGAGGCCGCCAGUAAGGUCUUCACCUCCAACGAAAAUUCAGGAGCAGGUAUCCCCAAACAUCUAUUUGUCGGGUCGGUCAAAACUAAUAUGGGUCACGCCGAAGGGGCAAGUGCUGUGGCAUCCAUCAUGAAAGUUGUGCUCUCCUUAGAAGCAGGCGAGAUCCCCCCAAAUGUCGGCGUCAAAAUGCUAAAUCCAAACAUUGACUUUACGAAUGCUAGGGUGGAGGUUGUGAGAGAGAGGCUACAACUUAGCCUAAAGAUAGACCUCGGAGGGCUAGUAUUAACUCAUCUGGCUUUGGAGGGGCCAAUGGUCACUGCAUUAUUGACCACGUCGGUGUCCUAGAUAUUGGCGAGCCGGGUCAAGACUCGGUGGCAGUGAAUAUGUUUGCGCAGGACAGGAUGCUAACGCUUUCGGAGGCAGAGUUC